UUUUUAUGAUUGAUUAAAUUAGUGGGAGAAAGUGAAGUGACAGGCAGAGAUAGAGUGUGGAUGAGGUGACUCAUCUCUUCAUUCUGAGAUCAUGCAUAAAUAUAAAUUUCAAAUAUCCAGCACGAUUCUUGCUCCACCGAAAAUUCCCGGUAAAAUUCUGCGCUUGGAUUGAAUCGCGAGAAAGCCAAAGACCCUUGCUCAUGCUAAUCAUUAUCCCAACCCAGACUGGUCAAAUCCUUGGGCAAACCUCGUGCAAGCAAACAAAUUUGCGGAAAUAGGGGGAGUUUGUCAUCCCGAGGCCAGGGGACGGCCCGCCGGGGGCUCGGCGUCACAGGUGGUGGUCUGGAGGUUCUCGUUGCCGGAGCUGUUGGGGAUAACGCCAAUAUGAAGAGUUUGUUCAAGUCCAAGCCCAAGACUCCCGCAGAUUUGGUGCGGCAGACGCGCGAUCUACUCAUUUUCAUUGAUAGUGGUGGCUCCGAUACUAAGGAGAGCAAGCGCGAUGAGAAGAUGACGCAGGUGAGCAAACUUAUCCGAGACUUGAAACAAGUUCUUUAUGGAGACAGUCAAUCUGAGCCUGUAUCUGAAGCUUGCGCACAGUUGACACAAGAGUUCUUUAGGGAGAACACUCUUCGUCUGCUUAUUAUAUGUCUUCCCAGGUUGAACUUAGAGACCCGCAAAGAUGCUACACAGGUUGUUGCAAAUCUGCAGAGGCAACAAGUUCAAUCGAGGUUGAUUGCUUGUGAUUAUUUGGAAAAGAAUAUAGAUCUCAUGGAUAUCAUGAUAGCAGGUUAUGAGAAUACUGAUCUGGCGUUACACUAUGGUGCAAUGUUGAGGGAAUGCAUACGUCACCAAAGUGUUGCUAGGUAUGUUUUGGAAUCAGAGCAUAUGAGGAAAUUUUUUGAUUAUAUACGUCUCCCAAAUUUUGACAUUGCUUCUGAUGCUGCUGCCACUUUCAAGGAAUUGUUGACCAGGCAUAAGUCAACAGUUGCUGAAUUUCUCUCUAAAAAUUAUGAUUGGUUCUUUGCGGAGUAUAACUCAAAGUUGCUUGAAUCUACCAAUUAUAUCACUAGAAGGCAAGCUGUCAAGCUGUUGGGAGAUAUCUUGCUUGAUCGGUCAAAUUCGGCUGCGAUGACUCGAUAUGUCAGCUCACUGGACAACCUGAGAAUCCUCAUGAAUCUUCUUAGAGAAUCAAGCAAGAGCAUCCAGAUUGAAGCGUUUCAUGUUUUUAAGUUAUUUGCAGCCAAUCAGAACAAGCCUGCAGACAUUGUUGGCAUCCUUGUCACAAAUAGAAGCAAGCUUCUUCGCCUCUUUGCUGAUUUUAAGACUGAGAAAGAGGACGAACAGUUUGAGGCUGAUAAAGCACUAGUCGUCAAGGAAAUAGCUGCCCUGGAACCCAAGUAACGACCAUGAACAGCUUAAUUUGAUGUGUCUUCAGCUUUUAACCCAGUCCCACAGUGUUGUACCACUAAAUCCCAAUUGUUUUCAUCCCCCUUUUUCUUUUUCGCCACAUAUAAAGUGAACUUUGUAUUUUCUUGUAGCGCAUGUACGUUUUUAGGUGUUCGUCAAUUGUUGAAUUAUAGGUAAUGAUAUUUCAUUUUAUGACAUCAUAAUCGA